UGGGGGGGAUGAGGGAUAACACCCGCCAAGGCGCCGGCCAAGGCGCUAGUGCAUGCGCUAAGGCCAGGGUGUGAAUCAAAUCGCCCCCUGCAGCCAAUGGACGGACUCCGCAGCCUCCGCACCGGCCGCGACGCCGACAGCCGGUUUUCUCUGGGCUUUUUCUUCGCCCGCCUCCCGCUCCGCUCGCUGCCCUUCUACUUGUAGCCACUUUCCCCCAGCCUGGGCGUUUCUCUUUCCCUUCUCUCCACCCAAGCUUGCGCCGUCUUCUCCAGGGCUUGUCUUGACUUACUUGCGCGCAUCAAAUCCCACUGUUUGCGCGCUCCCAUCUCUGUUGCUUUGCUUGCAAUCGACACCACCACCCAUCCACCACCACCAACACUCACUUGCCAAGAGACUCGACCACUACUGCCAUGGCCGACUCUCAGAGCACCGUCCCCGCGACGGCCACGACACCUCAGCAACAACCCCUAGGCACGCCAACCCAGCAAAAUGCACCCACCCCCGCCUCUGUCGCAACCAGCUCAGGCGACCAGCUGACCUGCCAGUGGCAGAGUUGCGGCGAACGCCUGCCAUCGGCCGAACAGCUCUACGAUCACGUUUGCGAGCGCCAUGUUGGUCGCAAGAGUACUAACAACUUGAACCUCACCUGCCAGUGGGGCAACUGCCGCACCACCACCGUCAAGCGUGACCACAUCACUUCUCACAUCCGUGUUCACGUUCCGUUGAAGCCGCAUAAGUGCGACUUCUGCGGCAAAGCUUUCAAGCGCCCACAGGAUCUCAAGAAGCACGUCAAGACGCACGCCGACGAUUCCGUGUUGCUCCGCUCGCCUGAGCCCAACCGUAGCGGCCCGCCUCAAGGCUAUCCAGGACAGAAUGGAAAACUUGUCGCUGACUUGCAGGCGCUUGCCGCUACAGCGAGUGGAUAUCAGUAUCCCGAUGGCGCGCUGGGCCCCAAUGGAGGCUAUGGCCAACAGCACCCAGGUGGCGCUCCGGCUGGCUUCUAUGGAGGCCCACCGCAGAACUCUGCCUACGGCCCUGUCUACUACGCUGUCAACCAGAGCCAGCAACUCAACAACGACUACGAAAUCAGGAAGCGCGCAGCAUAUGACGCCUUGAACGAGUUUUUCGGAGAUGCCAAACGUCGCUCAAUUGACCCUUCCACUUACUAUGACGUCGGACAGCGACUUAUGGGCCUCCAAGGAGUCCAGCUUCCAGUCCUCGGCGGCGGUUACCAGGGCAUGUCUGAAUACGGCGGACACGGUGGCACAAUGGUUGCCCAAGCGCAGCACCCGCCCAUGCACCCUUACUCUCUGCCGCUCCCUAACCUGAGGACCAAGAGCGAUCUUUUGAACAUUGACCAGUUCUUGGAGCAGCUGCAGAGCACCGUCUACGAGAACCCGAAUCAAGCGGCAGCUGCUGGUGUGCAACACCCGGGUCACUACGUUCACGCCAACGCGAAUUACCGUUCUAGCAACUCACCUCCUGGACUGUCAUCUAGCCACUCGCAAUCUUCUCACGCCACGGCUAUCGGAUCUACAAAUGCCGAGACUCCAGCUUUGACCCCAGCUUCCAGCGUUUUGUCAUACAGCUCGCAGCACUCCCCUGGUGCAGCCCACUCCGGAAGCACCGUCUCGCCUACCGUCAGGACUUCGAUUGGCAGCAUGUACCCUACCCUGCCAUCUGUUAGCGCAAUGUCGGACAUGUCUGCUGCCGCUCCUUCAUCAGGACUCGCCCCUGCAUUUGAUGCCGAUGGCCGUCGAAGAUUUUCAAGCAACCUUUUGCAAAAGGCAGCGCCAGAUCGACGAGGCAGCGACUCAAUGGAUACUUCGGAUGACGGCGCCUCUCCUAAGGAUCGUCGCGACUCUGAGCAGGACAGCCUACAUCACAACGUCCACCAGCUGGCAAUCCACUCACCAAAGGUAGAUCCCGCAUUGCGAUCACCUAGUGUAGCCUCUUCAACUGCCACAGAGACGGGCGAGUCGUCACAACAGUCCUGGGUGGAGAACAUUCGAGUCAUCGAGCGACUUCGGGCCUAUCUCAAAGACCGACUUGAAGCGCACGACUACUCAGGGGAUGAGGAGGAGCUCGACGUAAAGCACGCGAUUGAGCGCCGGAUGAGCGACGACGAUGCGCACAAUCUGUAUCCCGUACUUCGCGCUGUGCAAGAAGGCCGGGAGUAAGUUGAUGUAGCCUGACGGGUCUCAGGGUGCUUUGCGGAGUUUGGGUAGGCGUCGAGGUGUUUCCACAUGGUAAAGGGUCUAGGUCGACCACAUGGGAUGGGAAAGGUAUUCUUUGUUGACGCACGGUGACGUGUGCAUUGUUUCAGCUGUCUGUCUUACAGUCACUACUAGGGAUUAACGCCUUGAACGGCCGGGUUUGUCUCUUACACAUUUGUUAGUAGCAGUGUGCGAAUGCGAUUAUUUACGCUCUUCUCUACACCCAGUUCUCCUGCUGAAUGCGACAAUGCUUGAUCAUUCCCUACGGCUUCUCUUGUGGCGGUC